AUUUGCUUCUUUAGACUUGUUGAAUGAAACAGUGGAAAAGAUCAAAGUCUUCUUAUGGAAAUCCCUACAUGGUGCUCUACCAGUAGGAGAACAGUUUGCAAUAAGAAACAUUCCAGUAACCAGCCGCUGUGCUCGGUGUGAUUCAGAAGAGUCAGUGGUCCAUCUGCUGUUCAAUUGUCCCUAUGCAAAGAAAGUCUGGGAGUUAGCACCAUCAGCAAGCUAUAUAAACUCCCUAAGCUUCACCUCCUUCCCUGAGGGCUGGAAUAGAGUUAGGAAGAUACCUUCUCUACCGCCAACAGGUAUCGAAGCAGGUACUUUCUCGGCAUGGAUCGUGUGGUCAAUCUGGUGCUCCAGGAAUCAGCUAAUUUUCGAGAAGAGAAACUUCUCACCCGAAGAGACAAUCCUGAAAGCUAUCUCGGAUGCUCGUGAAUGGAUGAUGGCACAGCCUCCCCAAAAUCCAAACCGAUCGAAACCUUUGAUCAGACUCGAACCAAUCCCUAGAGCUCCCGAUCUACGCGUCAUCUUCACCGAUGCAGCAUGGAACCCACUGACGGGAAACGCAGGCUUUGGUUGGAUCGUUGAUGAUCUGGUCUCGCCAUCACAAUAUGCAGCGAAUGCGACCUUCGUCUCAUCGCCUCUCAUGGCAGAAACUCUGGCUGUCCUUAAAGCCAUAACCUUUGCUCAAUCACGCGGUAUGGCCUCGAUCCUCAUCCUCUCAGACUCCCAAGUUCUCAUCAACACAAUCAACAGGAGGGAGUUAUUGCUUGAGAUCUAUGGACCGCUCUGUGAUAUCUACCACCUGCUUCUCUCAUUUAUGUCGGAAUGUUUGUUUCCAAACUUUGCAUUUAGCUUAACUACUCUACUUGUGGAGAAACACCUAAUCAAAUUUUGCGAUUAAUCUUUUACUUCAUUUACAUGAUGGGUUCAUAUGUGCAAUAAGCUAGCUAGUCGGCAUGUACGUGUAGGUUUAGCCGAACCAAGCAAUGCCCCCUGCUGCGAUAUUUGCGAAAAUGCACCUGCCUUCUUUUACUGUGAGAUAGAUGGUAGUUCCCUUUGUCUGCAAUGUGACAUGGUCGUUCAUGUUGGUGGCAAGCGAACACACGGCCGCUUUCUUUUGCUCAGACAGAGAAUUGAGUUUCCAGGGGACAAGCCUAAACCACCAAACAAUACGAGAGCCAAUUUGCAAAACCAAAGAGUCUCUUCAAAUGCCAACGGUGAAGCUAAUGGCAAGACUACUGAUGACGAAAUGAUUGAUCUCAACUCUAACCCUCAGAGACUUCAUGAGCCUUCAUCAAAUAACCAUGGUAUCGAUGUAAAUAACACGAGCAAUCACGAGACUCCAGGUGUUGUGCCCUUUAAACGAGAGCCUGACAAGUGAUAAAGGGUCUGGUGUUUUUAUUGUUGAAGAAAGAAGAAAGGCUUGUUGUCUUUGUUUGUGCAUUAUCUCUUAGUUUAAAGGAAAGAGCUCACACGAAUGUCAAAGCUAACAUACCUGAAUAUUCCGAACAAUUUCUUUCUAUUUUUUCUCAAAUAAAAAUCCUUUCGAAAAAAUAUAUAUUCACAGAUAGAUAAGUUCAAUAUAUUAAAGAUAGUAUGGAGAGGUGGCGAAGUGGAUCUCUCGUCAUUUUAUCGUGGACUAUUUCUUGAGAAUAAUUUUCAAUUUUAAAUGAUCAAAGAUAGUAGAUAACUUCAAUAUAUUACAAACUUAUUAAAAGGAGUAGCUAAUGCAAAUUCAGCAGAGAAAAUAAGUGAUUUGACAUGAUAAUAACAACCAUACUCGAAAA